AUGGCCAAAAUUGGUCGAGGUACUGAAGUUCCACUUUCAUGGAUUCCAGCAAGGAAUGGUCAUAUACCUGACAGUGCAGUCUGUGUUGAUUUGUUUUACUAUGUAGCUCGUUGCAAGCAUGGCAGUCACUGGAUCCCUGGAAAGGCUGUUACAGGAGAUAGAGUAUGUUAUUAUUCACACGAUGGCAAACAACUUAGCUGCAAAGAAUUUGAACUUUUGUGCGAAACUAGUGUCUCCGAUGCAAAAAAGUGUUAUGAAUGGGUGCCAGGAAGUUGUGGAGAUGUACCAGAGAAUGCUAUAAUAGCAGGAAUGAAAGGUGAUAAGGCAUUAUAUAUUGUUAAAGGUACUGUAAAUUUUGAACCAUCUAUUGGAAAAUUGCAACAAGGUGACAAAUAUGCCUGUCUUACAUGGAGAGACGAAGAAUACAAAGUGAAACAGUAUGACGUUUUAGUUUUCAAACAAACUUGAGCUAGAAAGCUGAAGAUUCGCAAAUUCAAAUAUAUUCCUUACUUCUUGAUUUGGAUAAAACAGGGACUGAAAGAUUUGGAAAAAAAACUAAUGCACUGAUUUCUUUUCUCAAUAAAAAUUUUACAAAACGCUUACUUUUUCAAACAUUUAUGCAUGUUGUGUAGUGUAAAUG